AUGCAGGCGCUGGUUCCCCACCCUGGCCGCUGGAUGCCGCCACGCUGGCGGGGAAAGUCAAAGAGCAAGCACGACGCGGCGGCCGCUCGGCGCAGCGACUCACUGCUCACGCCUGCCGCGGACGGGACGCUGGUCCUCGUCAAUGCGCUCAGCCCGUUCGCCCCCUUUCGCACGCGGGCCGAGCAGGAGGCGGAGGCCGCCUCGAUGGGCGCGACCGAGCCGCGGCUGAGGAGUGGAGCGUUGGUGCUGCAGGCGCACGCGCCGCGCUGGCGAGUCCCUCGCUGCUGGCGGGUGCUGCGGGCCACGGAUGAGAAGGUGUGCUCCAUCUGCUUGGACGAGUUCAAGCCAAGGGACGUCUGCCGCUCGCUGCCGUGCGGCCACACGUUCCACAGCACCUGCAUCGAGCACUGGCUGGAGCUCUGCUCGGACUGCUGCCCCGACGACUCGCGACCAGUGGUCGCGCCGCACGCGGCGUCGACCUUCAAGGAGGUCAAGGUGUGAGGCCGCCUCGCCCGCCUCGCGCCUCCUGCU